GUGUUGUCCUCACUGCACUGGGGAAGGUGGCGGGGGACAGCUUUUCAGGAGGGCCUGGGGAACUUCACAGAGCCAGGUCACCCUCUCACUCUGUGCCUCUUAGUUAUCUUGCAUGCUCUGGUCUUUGCAUACGCUGCUCCCUGCACCAGGAACCUCCAUCCCCAUCUUUGUCUGCUUGUCGGACUUCAGAAAUCUGCAAGGGUCAGCUUAGAGGUCACUUCUUCCGGAAGCUUUGCUCAACACCCUCCCCGCCCUGCUGCUGCUGCCCUCAGGCCGUCCUCUCACAGCACUGAUGACAGCUGUCCGUCCCCACCCUCCCACCACCUCCACUCCCACCCCAGGAAAUGAGGCCAGAGGGCAGGGACAGAGCUGCUGCUGUUCUCUGUGUGCCAGGGCCCAGCAAAGGGAAUGUAGGGAGGGUGGGAGGUGCAGGGCAGCUGGGGUUAGGGGUUGAGGGCUGGGUGUUGGAGGCUGGAUCCUGCUUUAGUGGAAGUGUCCCUUUAACAGCGGCUGGCCUGGCCUGGCUCGGGCCCUGCUUUGCCUCCUGUUCAGCUGUGGCUGCAGCUGCCAUGCUGACUCAUGUGCCCGCAGCUAGCAGGAGCUGGCAGCAUGGGCUCCCCAGGGGCUACGACAGGCUGGGGGCUUCUGGAUUAUAAGACGGAGAAGUAUGUGAUGACCAGGAACUGGCGGGUGGGCGCCCUGCAGAUUGGGAUCGUGGUCUAUGUGGUAGGGUGGGCUCUCCUCGCCAAAAAAGGCUACCAGGAGCGGGACCUGGAACCCCAGAUUUCCAUCAUCACCAAACUCAAAGGGGUUUCUGUGACUCAGAUCAAGGAGCUUGGAAACCGGCUGUGGGAUGUGGCCGACUUCGUGAAGCCGCCUCAGGGAGAGAACGUGUUCUUCUUGGUGACCAACUUCCUUGUGACGCCAGCCCAAGUUCAGGGCAGAUGCCCAGAGCACCCGUCCGUCCCACUGGCUAACUGCUGGGCCGAUGAGGACUGCCCCGAAGGGGAGAGAGGCACGCACAGCCACGGCGUAAAAACAGGCCAGUGUGUGGUGUUCAAUGGGACCCACAGGACCUGCGAGAUCUGGAGUUGGUGCCCAGUGGAGAGUGGCGUUGUGCCCUCGAGGCCCCUGCUGGCCCAGGCCCAGAACUUCACACUGUUCAUCAAAAACAUGGUCACCUUCAGCAAGUUCAACUUCUCUAAGUCCAAUGCCUUGGAGACCUGGGACCCCACCUAUUUUAAGCACUGCCGCUAUGAACCACAAUUCAGCCCCUACUGUCCCGUGUUCUGCAUUGGGGACCUCGUGGCCAAGGCUGGAGGGACCUUCGAGGACCUGGCGUUGCUGGGUGGCUCUGUGGGCAUCAGGGUUCACUGGGAUUGUGACCUGGACACCGGGGACUCUGGCUGCCGGCCUAACUACUCCUUCCAGCUGCAGGAGAAGAGCUACAACUUCAGGACAGCCACUCACUGGUGGGAGCAAUCGGGUGUGGAGGCCCGAACUCUGCUCAAGCUCUAUGGAAUCCGCUUCGACAUCCUCGUCACUGGGCAGGCAGGGAAGUUCGGGCUCAUCCCCACGGCUGUCACACUGGGCACCGGGGCAGCUUGGCUGGGCGUGGUCACCUUUUUCUGUGACCUGCUGCUGCUGUAUGUGGAUAGAGAAGCCCAUUUCUACUGGAGGACAAAGUAUGAGGAGGCAAAGGCCCCGAAGGCAACCGCCAACUCUGUGUGGAGCGAGCUGGCCCUUGCAUCCCAAGCCCGACUGGCCGAGUGCCUUAGACAGAGCUCAGCACCUGCACCCACGGCCACUGCUGCUGGGAGUCAGACACAGACACCAGGAUGGCCCUGUCCAAGUUCUGACACCCACUUGCCAACCCAUUCCGGAAGCCUGUAGCCGUUCCCUGCUGGUUGAGAGUUGGGGGCUGGGAAGGGUGGAGCCUUGCCUGGGGAUCUCAAGGAUGCGGCCCCAGCAUGGAGGAUUGGGGGUAGAAUUCCACCCUUGAACCCCAGCAGACAGUCCCUCCCCCGACUCCCACCUUGGCAGGGUGCUGCCUCGGGGAGCCACAGAAGUCGGCUGUGUUUUGAGACGGCAACAGAACCUGACCCGUGGAGACUGGGAGAGCCCAGCAGGCACCUGUAUUGCAGGGCUGCGACUGCAUGUGGCAGGGGCUUCUGCUGCGUCUGGGCCUGGAGGUCUCUCUGUCCCCAGUGUUCCUAGCAGAGGUAUGCUUACCAGUUGUCAGCACAGACCCUCCUGCUGCCUGGGUCCUGGCCCUCCUCCCCCAUCUGCACCCCCAUCAUAGGUAGAGACCCCACCCUCCCAUUGGUCCUACAUGGGGCUGUGCAGCUGGAGCCAAAAAGGCAAGGUACAAAGAGGAGUGAUGGGGGAGGGGGAUUGUUUCAGCUUCUCUGGUGCUGUGAUGCCCCAGGAGAGUCCUAAUCUAGGGAAUGGGGUGGAGUAGGCAGAUAAUCCACCCCCCUAUGCCCCAGGCAAGGGCAGAGCAUGUAUCUUGGGCCCACACCUGCUCAGUUUAUGAGGACUGGCUGCUUUCCAGUGGUAGCCCUUUUGCCAUGGAGGGCUGGGAGAGAGAGCAGAGGGUGGCAGGGCUAAGUUGGUGAUCACUGGGUUCUUCAGGACCUUCUAUAUCCCUCCUCAGUGACUCCCCCGCCCAACCCCUUGGAAUCUUUCCUCCAGGCUUCCUGAGAGCCCUGGGGGUGGGAGGCUGUGGGAGGCUGUACAACUGAAAUUCACUUCAGUCCAAGUCAUACCUAGGAAGCUGUCGGGGCCGCUGCUCGAGGGAGGCCCUGACUCUGAUCCCAGGCUGGGUGGAGUGGCUGGAAAGAAUGGUUCCAAACAACAACACUGAGAUCUCCCUCAGGCUGGCCAGGUUUUGCAGCUGGAAUUCUCUUCUUGGUCCCAGGGCGGGGCAGGGCGGGGCAGGGAAUUCCAAGUGUCCAUCCCAGGGAGGCAAGGGGCUGCUUUCUACUGUGGGUACCUGGUGAUCAGGGCAUGCUGUGGAGGGCCAGGGGUGGGGUUGAGACUGGGCUGACAUCUGGAAUCAUCUGCCACCUGGAGCCUCAGUAAAAUGCCUAGGGUCCCUGCUGCCUCUCAAUCCCCAGAGCCAUGUCCAUGGGGAGGUGGGCCUGAAGGGCUAAGGUGGGAGAGCGUGGCCCCUGAGGCCUGGGUAUCCAAGGGGGGGCACAUGCACCUGAUUCUUCUUGGGGCCCAGAGAAAGCUGAUGUCAUGGCUGGACAAAGUCACGGAGUAAAGCCAGCAAAGCCACCCUC